GCGCCCUGACACAUCUUUAGUCACGCCACAUGAUGGUCGAUACGUUCCCGAGGAACAGCGUCUCGAGUACACCAACCAGUUCGAGCAGCUAUUCAAGUACGCAAGUGAGCUCGACCAGCCCAGCAAGCUGGCAAUCUUCGCUUGCUACAUGAAAGAGGAGAUGGUGAAGCGGCUGGUUGAGAUCGUACGUAUCUGUUCUUCCGAGUUUUUUUCUUCUUUCAACACCGGUUCUUACGAUGCCAUCUAGAUCGCUCAGACGCAGCACCAGCGGUCGCUGUUGUCAGCGUCUAGCAUGCCAAGAUACAUUCUGGACCUAGCCACUGUCCGCACAUACCUCCAAAUAUGUCAGAAUGUUGCAGAGAAUUUGUCGAAGCGGCUGUUGUCGAUGUCCCAAGAAUCGCCUCAAGGCCGUCCACAACUACCGGCGCAUGUGCCACCUCAAGCGAAUAGCCCUCCUAUGGCUCCACCGAUGUCCGACCUUGCUCCAUUGCAGCGGACCGAUCGCCCCACACCUAGUCCUCGCCCGCCGUCACGGCAGCCACAUUCGCUUGUUCCUCCGCCACAACUGAACGUUCCCACACCACAACCGACGCAGCCAAGUCCUCGUACCCAACCUAUCCAAACCACACCCAUCCCUGCUCCUGCCAAAGCGCAGAAAAAGCCUACAAUCGUUGCUGAGACUGCAGCCUCUGUCUCCACACCCCCUGCGUCAGCAUCUACACCAGCUAACCCACCGACGCCAGGUCACGCCGUCAGCUCGCCUCAAACUCCGAAGUCGCCGAAGACCAAAGCGCCCCCAAAGCCCAAGCCAAAACGCAAGCAGUCUAUCAAAGGACAGCCUCCUGCUGUACCUGCGUCCAGUUCGUUUGCGGCCGCAGCCGCCCCUAUCACUGAUCAGCCUUCCCCCGCUGCCGCCACACCCGAUUCUGGCCCUAAACGUAAAAGGGAAGAGGAUGUUGCGUCUACUUCUGCAAGCGGUGAGCAAACGCCGUCGAAGAAGCAGAAGACAGAAUGGGAAGGUCCGGAGAGUGAACAGCUCUCCAAGAAGAAGCAGGCCGUGGAGGAUGUCAAGAUAGACGAGGACGCGACCAAGUUUUUGGAGAACACGAUGGAGAUGCUGGUCAUGGCUACAAGCGAAGGCAAACAGGUUCUUCCGGCGGAGAUCUCGGAUACGAUAAACGAGAUCCUUAACAACCUAUCGGAUGCCGUGCCGGGCAUUGGGUCGUUGGAUGACACAGGAGCUGCCCGUAGUUCAACGCCUUCUGUUGCGGCAAACGGAUGCGACGGCUUGGAAUUUUUCGACUUUACGCUAUACAACGAGGACGGUUCGAAAGCCCCUACUCCCGACCUUGUGCAGACCUCGUCGACCAAUCCGAGCCCAGCGUCGGACGCGGACAGUAGCCACGGCGCUCCAACGAUGCCCGACACGGCUCACAUCGCGGAUGCCAAGGCUGAAGACGAGCUGGAUGGAUCUGACCCACUGCGGAUGGGUUUCUGGAGCGAGGUGGGCGGCGGCGAGGCGGCGUACUUCAACUCGGACCCCUGGAAGUGGGAGGGAUCCAUGCCAAUAUUAGAUCAGCCCUGGGCUAUUAACGACCGAUGAGCGGAUUCUUUUGCCAUUGUUGAUGCUUUGGUUGCGCUCCUACCCUUUUUUUGACUGUUUAAUCUAUUCGGGUGUCGGCUUGCUCUGUGCUAUAUACUCAUUCCCAGGAUCUCUCUCGGUAUUACACCAUCAAUACUCUGUCAUGCAUCUGCUGUUGUUCUUUUGGUUACCUCCUUUUUACCCCUGCGCUGUGUAUUUCUACUUUGUUUCGCUUGCUAUCGAUGACACUCUGGUUACCGGGUCCUCUGCCAUAGUGCGAUCCACUGGUCGACACGGGGUGAGUUGAGAUGGUACG